AUGACAUCGAACAUCCCCGAAAUCCUACUCCUCUGCAUGGACGCAGCCUUCAUAACAGCCUUCCACGAAGCACUGGCAAGCCAAUGGCCAGACGCCAGCCCAGCCGCAGUAAAAGUAACCCUGAUAAACGAGCGCCUGAACUCGCUGUCGGCAGACACCAAAUUCGACCUGAUAGUGUCCCCGGCCAACUCAUACGGCCGCCUGGACGGCGCCUUCGACCACGCCAUCUCCAAGGCAUUUGCACCGCACGAUGACUACCACGCACUGACGCGCACCGCACAGGAAACCCUCUAUGAGAAAUGGCGCGGGUUUGCCCCGCCGGGGACGUGCACGCUCGUCGAGUUCCCUGCGGCGCUGGCGCAGAAUGCGCGCGGCUGUCGCUGGGUCGGGCUGUGUCCGACGAUGCGCGAGCCCGAGGAUGCGCGGUGGAAUCGUGAGGUCGUUUAUGAGUGUGUGUGGAGUCUGCUGUGUGAGGUUGAGGGCUGGAAUCGGAAGACCACUGGUGAUGAUCCUGGGCGUCGGAUUGGGACUGUUUUGAUGUCGCCGUUGGCGGCGGGCGUGGGGAAGGUUAGUAACGAGCGGUGGGCGGCGCAGACGGUGUUGGCGUUGAAGCAUUUUGUUGAAGCUGUUGAGAAUCCCCGGAGAUGGGGGCAGUUGCAGUGGGGGACUAUUGAACGCGUUGGGGACGAGAUUAAUGAUACUUGGAAGAAGACGUAG